GCAGCAGUUUGGGAAUUUAGGAGCAACAAUCAGAGAUAUAAUUACCAGAAUUAAUAACGCAUAUGGCUCUGCUGUGACUCAUUGCAGUAACCUUUGCCCUAUUUAUUGGCUAAGUAUUUCUGGCCAGGAUCCCUCACUGGGGGACCAGUUUCUCCGGUGAUAUAUCAAAUGUCUGGGAACACAUCACAUUAGUGGAGUUGUGUUUUUUUUCCACAAUGUAAUAUUCAUCUUAGUUAUAUCUAUUUAGGGCUUUUAAAUAAUUACCAGUAGCUUAAAAUAGUAAAGCAAUAAUCAUAAUGGUGACCUGUUUAUAAACAUACCCUCUAAGGAUGACUGCGAAAUUUUGGCCUCGAUUGGAAAAAUCUAAUAUGACACACCAUCGUCACUUCCGUCAAAGUCACCAACAUCCCUAGUUGCUUACAGUUGAAAAUUAAGUUCACCGUUUCAGAACUUUUGGAGACAGUUAUUAGCACCUGAUUCAUAACUGUUGACCACACGUGGGCCAUUCUUUAUCUGAGCCUGUCCACACAGCCUCAUCGACACAGAUAAUUACAGCCUCAUCUCUGCCUUCAAUGGUUUUGACAUUUUGACUUGUCAGUCACAGUAUUUUAAAGCCACCAUUCCGUCUCGGCUCCUGGGGCUGUUUUAGAAAGUCACUGACCCCAAACAGGGACACUUCUGCUGACCCAAGGACCCCCAGAAAUAAGGAGAAAGCUCAUCGCCUUCUUGAAUAAGGUGUUGUUGCUAAUGAGCUCUCUCUCCUCCCUUCCUACAAUGAAAGACAAACCAGACCCCAGGUACCUGGAUGGAUUGGGAGCUGAAGUCUUAGAAACUUCCUGAUAAGUUGCCGAUGGCUACCAGCCAAGGCCGGAGGGUGGUGGUGCAGUUGUGUUGAGCACACAUCACACAUGAAAGGGCCCUUUAAAGAGCUGGAUUGAUUGGAAGGACAAAAAUUAAAAGCAAUCUGAUCCGGCCUCAUGCCAGAUCCCUGCGGACUCUCUCCGUCUCCCAUUUCCAUCCACGGUCACAACUGGAGAGUCUGCCUGAUUUGAUCAGAUUCACCUCUGGGAGAGGGGUGAUGCCAAGGUGAGCAGGACGCCAAAUUGUGGGCAACUUCUUGAUCUGCCCAUCAGCACUCUGAGAAACGCUGGCUCUGGGUUUUCCACAUCGGCCUCGGAAAAGCCAAGUUUCCUCGCUGUUUGCAACCUGGCAGAGCCCCUGGGACAUCCGGCCUCCGUCGCCCGGUAGAUGUGGCUUUUCCAUGCGGAGGCUGCGCGUGCCGCCUGAGCCAUCGCCGCCUCACCGGGCCCCCUGCGGGCCGCGCCCCCGGGGACUGUGCCGCCAUGCUGCGCCUGCUGGCCCUCCUCCUGCCCUGCCUGCCGCUGGCCUCCGGGGACUACGACAUCUGCAAAUCCUGGGUGACCACGGACGAAGGCCCCACCUGGGAGUUCUAUGCCUGCCAGCCCAAGGUGAUGCGCCUGAAGGAGUAUGUCAAGGUGAAGGUGGAGCCCUCCGGCAUCACGUGCGGAGACCCCCCGGAGAGAUUCUGCUCCCAUGAAAACCCCUAUCUGUGUAGCAACGAGUGUGACGCCUCCAACCCAGACCUGGCCCACCCGCCCCGGCUGAUGUUCGACCGGGAGGACGAGGGCCUGGCCACCUACUGGCAGAGCGUCACGUGGAGCCGCUACCCCAGCCCGCUGGAGGCCAACAUCACCCUGUCGUGGAACAAGAGCGUGGAGCUGACGGACGACGUGGUUGUCACCUUCGAGUACGGCCGGCCCACCGUCAUGGUCCUGGAGAAGUCGCUGGACAACGGGCGGACGUGGCAGCCCUACCAGUUCUACGCGGAGGACUGCAUGGAGGCCUUCGGCAUGCCGGCGCGGCGGGCGCGCGACCUGUCGGCGUCGGGCGCGCACCGGGUGCUGUGCACCGAGGAGUACUCGCGCUGGGCCGGCUCCAAGAAGGAGAAGCUCGUGCGCUUCGAGGUGCGGGACCGCUUCGCCAUCUUCGCCGGCCCCGGCCUGCGCAACAUGGACAACCUGUACACGCGGCUGGAGAGCGCCAAGGGCCUCAAGGAGUUCUUCACCCUCACCGACCUGCGCAUGAGGCUGCUGCGGCCGGCGCUGGGCGGCACCUACGUGCAGAGGGAGAACCUCUACAAGUACUUCUACGCCAUCUCCAACGUCGAGGUCACCGGCAGGUGCAAAUGCAACCUGCACGCCAACCUGUGCUCCGUGCGCGACGGCAGCCUGCAGUGCGAGUGUGAGCACAACACCACGGGCCCCGACUGCGGCAAGUGCAAGAGGAGCUUCCGCACGCGGUCCUGGCGCGCCGGCUCCUACCUGCCGCUGCCCCACGGCUCCCCCAACGCGUGUGCCGCCGCGGGCUCCGCCGUCGGCAACUGCGAGUGCUACGGCCACUCCAACCGCUGCAGCUACAUCGACUUCCUGAACGUGGUGACAUGCGUCAGCUGCAAGCACAACACACGGGGCCAGCACUGCCAGCACUGCCGUCUGGGCUACUACCGAAACGGCUCUGCGGAGCUGGACGACGAGAACGUGUGCAUCGAGUGUAACUGCAACCAGAUCGGCUCCGUGCACGACCGGUGCAACGAGACCGGCUUCUGCGAGUGCCGCGAGGGCGCGGCGGGGCCCAAGUGCGACGACUGCCUCCCCACGCACUACUGGCGCCAGGGCUGCUACCCCAACGUGUGCGACGACGACCAGCUGCUGUGCCAGAACGGGGGCACCUGCGUGCAGAACCAGCGCUGCGCCUGCCCGCGCGGCUACACCGGCGCGCGCUGCGAGCAGCCCCGCUGCGACCCCGCCGACGCCGAGGGCGGCCUGGACUGCGACCGCGCGCCGGGGGCUGCCCCGCGCCCCGCCACCCUGCUCGGCUGCCUGCUGUUGCUGGGGCUGGCCGCCCGCCUGGACUGCUGA